AAACCCCCUCCCCUAAAACAAGUCGCGUUUGGAAGUGAGGAGGUGUGCUGAAAAAUCUCUCCUCCUCACAGAGGUCGUCUAUUCAUCACACGGGAGGUCACACCUCGCAGUCCGGUUAGGUCUCAUCCCUGCAUGGUUGUAACCUCCUCUUCAUCAGCAGAAGCAAGUGUUUUCGGUGUAAACAAGAGACGCGCAGAAGGUCACACUCCUCUCACUCGACACCUACAGCCAUGCUAAAAAUACCAGCUGGUUUUAUUUAUUUUCAUCCAAAAUUUCGCUUGGAUUUGAACAGUCAGCUGCUCUCCCAUUCCUCCAGUGUGGGAUCCUGAAGAGUUUGAGCAACACUUUUGUCCACAAGUUCUGCUGUGACUGUUAGAUUUUUACUCCCAUGAAUAAGUUAAAUGGAGAAAACCUCAUCCAUCCAUCCGUUCAUUAUCCAAUCUUCAUUCCUCCUCAAAAAGCUGGAAAUGGUUAAAAAAAAUCUAGAGUAACAGGUACAAGUAAACAACCAAAAUGAGGACAUGUGAGGAGGGAGAAAGCCUGUUGGAUUUUAUUGUAAUCAUCACCAGCUUUUUUUCCCUGCAGUUUAAUUACACAGCGGAUCCGUUUGAGGGGGUUUUAUAGGUGCUCCAGGGCUGCCUGGUUGUUUGGACCCUCCUUUCCAGAUGACGGUUUGAGACCAAAAUCUGCAUCUCCCUAAAAACAGCUCCCAUCUGCCUCUCACACUCAAGUCAGCGGAGGGGGAGGAGGUUGUGCACGCCGUCUCAUGAUGCUGGGAUGUAUAUUUCAGUAGCAGGGAUGAGACAUUCGAGUCUUGGGUUUUUCGCAGCAUCUUUGGCAAAAGCAGCGCUCUCCAUCCUCGUAGUCUUGGAAGUCUUAGACAGCAACUAGUGAUUAUUUAUUAAUCCUCCAGAGUCUGACUCUGGACUGACCAGAAGUCCGCACAUGCAGGCAGCCUCGAUCUGCUGCAGCACCAGAAUUCAAAAAGUCUUCUUUUUCAUGCAGAUGUGUGUUGUGCAGCGGAGUUACAUAAGUCAGCAGUGCAGAGAAUGAGACUGAAGCCUCUCCUCUCACACAGCAGCGUGUGGACUGAGCAAUGAUACAUAUCUGAGCAGACGAACAGGAAGACGUUAAGCUGCUUAAACCUUCGCUGACUCAGGGCUCAAACAAUUCCUCUGCUGCUUCAGAGAGAGCCAAACAAGCUGGGAUUUUCUUUCUUUUUUUUAACUGUAACUCAGUUUGAAAGUCAGAAAAAUGCUUAUUGCUCCAAAAAGCAGCGCAUAUUUAAGCUAAAAAGAGAAACAGCUUGUACCAUUUCAAGUUCCAUGUCUUUUAUCCAAAGUGCCUACAAAUCAAAUGAACUUUAAUGGUGUUUGAGACAGCAUAAAGAUCCUCAAAUCCGUCUAUUUAUGUCCCAAAUGAUUCUCUGAAUCCAGCUUGAUGGUCCCACUUCCACCAGUUAUUACUGGAGCUGAAUAAAUACCAGGCUUUAAUACUAGCUAAUCCAAUUUUACAAUGAGCUUCCGGUUGCACCAGCAGUCCUCAUGGUGAACUCCAUGGAAGAGGAAUCCCACUCAAAAUGAAGGGAAUAAUAAUCUGUGUGUUUGCCAUGGUGAUGCUCACACUCACACAAGGAGUAGAAGAGGAGCAGCCAGAGCAACUCGUGGAAUCCGAGGGAUCAGAAGAAGACGAAGAGCAUCUGGAGUGUUUCCGCUGUGACCUGGGCUUCUGGGAUGCCUGUUACACCACGGAAACCAACUGCAGCCGCGGGGAGCUGUGCUACACAGGCCGCGGGAAAGCAGUUGAUGCUCUGGACAUAAAGACUCUGGGCUGCGUGAAGGCAGAGGAGUGUGAUGUGGAGACCACAGUGGAGCUCUUCCCUAACGGAACCAUCUUCGCCAUGACCAAACACUGCUGCGACACGCCUUACUGCAACUCCGCACACCAACUUCCUACAUACACACUCUUGUAUCUCACUGCUUUGAUCUCACAGUAUCUCACUGUUCUAUCCACCUGAUUUUAGUUCAUUAGUUUGUUUUUACAGAAAGAAUGCCCAAACCUCCAAAAUGUACUUCAUUUUUGUACUUAUUAAUAAUCAAUCUGGAGAAACUAGAUAUUCGAAGCAAAAAUAUGUUUAUUAUUUCAUUUUUCAAGUCAAAUUGUGUGAA